AUGGAUAAUCGUCGCUUCACAAUUACGGAACUCAGCAGUCAUUUCCCGCAGAUUUCCCGCUCCUUGUUGCACAAAAUUGUCACGGAGCACCUGUUGUUCAAGAAAUUGUGCGCCAGGUGGGUGCCGAAGCAACUGACACCAGAACACAAAACAAAGCGCAUGGAGUCAGCAUUGACAUUUCUGCAGCGGUACCAUGAUGGCGGCGACGAGUUUCUGGACCGGAUCAUCACAGGUGAUGAAACGUGGAUUGCACACAUUACCCCAGAAACCAAGCAGCAGUCAAUGCAUUGGCGUCACAGUGGAUCUCCCUGUCUCCAUGUUGAGGUGACGCUGAUUACCCCUGUUGGGUUGAGUUGA